AUGUCGGUAUAUUUAAACGAUGACCCGCCGGAUCGCGGCGGGAAUGCUUUUGGUAGAAGCCAUAUGACCUCAAGGUCACCACCUUCCGUGACGUCUAAAAGACUAUUCUGUGAAAUAUCACCAUCGAGCGUUUCACCCGAUAUGUCCAAACGUGUACAACGGUCGGAAUCUCAUGAGGACCAUGAGUCGAGUUUAGACACCUCCAACGCCAACUACUGCGAUCUCGUAUCCGAAGCGUCAACUUAUCUGUCCAAAAUCAAUGACCUCGUAAACGAUCAGGGCUCGCGCAUAAAUAUCGCGAAUAAGUCGGCCAUUAUGGACAUGACUCAGCGCAUAACGGCUAUAGUUUCCUUGUUAGCCAUUAAAUCGUCCUGCAAUGAGACAAAAUUAGUUAAUACGCAACGCGAAUUAGAUCUUCUUAAAACCAAUCCGGCUUCUGAGUCCCGCGUUAAACAAACGGAGUCAUACGCCGACAAACUUAAACUUCGCUUGCCGCAAGCCGUCCCACCGGUGCAGUCGCGCGCUCCGCUGCCUUGUGUAGUUGCGUACCCGACGGAGGAGCGUAGUGCAGAUUACGUGACGUCAUCAGCUACAAAGCAGGCGCUUAUGACCGCGAUCAAACCGAGUGACGACGGUUUUCAAAUAGUCGGUGUUAAGAAAGUUAAAAAAUCGGGCGUUAUACUACGCGUCGCGAAUGAAAGUCAAAUUAAAAAACUUAAAUCAGUCGAGGCGAUUAAGUCCGCUGGCUUACGGUUGGAAAAGCCAAAGGGCCGUCAACCGCGUAUAUUAGUCAAGGAUGUCCCCGCCUCUAUGGAGGACAAAACUUUUUUGACAGCUUUGUACCGUCAAAACAUUAAGGACGAACUAAAGGUAACCGAAGACGAUUUUAUUAAAAAUACUCGCGUAAUUCGUCGGCGUAUGGUUAAUCACGGCCGUAAAUGGAUAGGCAUAGAAAUUGAUUCCGCGAUACGUCAACAUCUUGUAGCCACCAAGGAGAAAUUGUUUAUAGACUGGGCUCCUUGUCGUUUUGUAGACGAUUUAGAAUUGGUGCGUUGCAAUCAAUGUCAAGAAUACGGGCACGUCAGGAAGUAUUGCACACAUAAAACUCCCACCUGCGCCAACUGUGCUGGAGCGCAUGAGACGACGGACUGCCUUGAGAAGGAUAAGCCUGAGUUUAAACCUGUUUGCGUAGCGUGCAAACGUUACAAGAAACCGUGCGACCAUCGUACCGGGUCUCAGGAUUGUCCGACUUAUAAGAUCAAACUUGAACAGCUGGUUCUAAGCACCAAUUAUUAA